GGCCCACGAGGAAGGGGGACUGUCUCGACCUUGGAGUCUGACGUACAGCAGCAUGGCGAACAAGGAGCCCAACCGCUUCCUCCAGCACCUGAGGGAUCUGGCAGGUCGGAUGUCUUCAUCUGGUGGCAGAGGGGCAGGAUUAGGACUAAAGCUGCUGAUUGGAGCUGGUGCUCUGGUAUAUGGCGUUAAAGAAGCUACCUUCACAGUGGAGGGUGGUCACAGAGCCGUCAUCUUCAACAGGAUUGGAGGGAUGCAGAUGGACACAGUUCUGGCUGAGGGGCUGCAUUUCAGGAUCCCAUGGCUCCAGUACCCUAUCAUCUAUGAUAUCAGAGCCAAACCAAGGAAGAUCUCCUCUUUGACUGGCAGCAAAGAUCUGCAGAUGGUGAACAUAGCAGUGCGAGUGUUGUCCAGACCCCUGGCGUCCAACCUGCCGACAAUGUACCAACAGCUGGGGAAGGACUACGAUGAGAGAGUGCUGCCCUCCAUUGUCAACGAGGUCCUCAAGUCUGUAGUGGCAAAGUUUAACGCCUCGCAGCUCAUCACACAGAGAGCACAGGUGUCCCUGUUGGUGCGCAGGGAGCUGUUUGAGAGAGCCAAAGACUUCAACAUCAUUCUUGAUGACGUGGCCAUCACUGAGCUGAGCUUCAGUUCCCAGUACACAGCUGCUGUGGAGGCCAAACAAGUUGCCCAGCAAGAGGCCCAGAGAGCCCAGUUCUACGUGGAGAAAGCAAAACAGGAUCAGAGACAGAAGAUUAUCCAGGCUGAGGGAGAGGCGGAAGCUGCCAGAAUGCUGGGUCUAGCAGUGACUAAGAACCCUGGUUACCUGAAGCUGAGGAGAAUCAGAGCUGCGCAGAACAUCGCAAAGACGGUGUCAUCAUCUCAGAACAAGGUGUACCUAAAUGCCGACAGUUUGGUCCUGAACCUACAAGACGAGGCAUUUUUUAAGAAUUUGAUAAUGAAGAAGUGAUGAAGACGACGCAGAGAACGGCAGCAGAACCGUCUCUGUUAUCAACGUGAUCUGAACAUAUAUGAUUCUGGACAAGUGUGAAUGUGGACAACAACAAGAAGCCAUUUUUGUUAUGUUUUUUUUUGUUUUGUUUUGUUUUUACUUACCGCUCUGACAUUUGGGAUUGGCCUGUAUUAUCCCUGAAGUUCAUCAAUGAAUUAUUGUAGUGAACAAAACUGAUCUAAUUUCAACUUCACAAUAAAUGAAUCAAUAAAAGAUGUGUUUGUAUAGAAAGUACAACAUCAAACCGUGAGGAUAGGCACAUAUCCAACUGAUUUUCACUAGAAUGUGAGUCUUGCAAAGGUCUUUUGUGAAUAAGAAUGAAUGCAACUGUACUUCAAUAUAUUUGGCAGAUCAGUGCCUUCUGUCAGUAGGAGCUGAUAGGUCAAACGAGGCGUGUGACAUCACCGCAGCACUGUCCCCAGUGCCAGUCUUCCUCCUCCUGGUCCUUCCAGGUGACGUGGCUCCGUAUGUCAGCCAGGAGCUGCUGUUACAGAUGUUUGGUGAUGUGUGUGGACUCGUGCAGGACAUCUAAUAAUGUAGCCACCAGGGUUGGCAGACCAAGUUAAUACAACUUAAUUUAUCUGUUAAUAAACUUUUAUUGUAUGUA